GGCGGCAAGAGAUCAACCCGACUAUAUAAAUUGGGUCGUCAAUCACAAACUUCAUUGUAUCAUUUAUACCUUGCACACAACGGUUGCCCUUCACUGCUUUCUCUCAAAUUCAGUAAAUGGGCAGUCACGUUGACAGAGUGAAUCUGGCGGUGAUCAUCAAGAACCCAUUAAACGAUGAAGAAUUUCUUCUCAUCAAGCAAACCCCACCACCCAAAUUCAACGAUCCUGAAUAUGAUUCUUACCAAGAUUCUGACCUCUGGGAUUUGCCUUUCGCACCUUUGAGUUCACUGGAUUCUCCAUUAAGUCAACAUACUUCGGUUGGAGCCGAGGAUUCAUCUCUAUUGGAAAAAAUUGGUUUAUUGAAUCAGUUUGAUCUUAAAUUAGCUCUCGAUCAGGUGCUGAAUCAAGUGGGCUUUGGGACAGCCAGUGAGGUAAAGUGGAAGUUCUUGAAGUAUGUAGAAGAGCCUGAAUUUGGUCCUGGAAUCCCGGUUAAGACUGCGUAUCUCGUUGGAAAAUUGGGACCCCGAGAUGGGAAAUUAAAAGAUAUCUGUAAGUGGAUGAGCACCAAAGGCUGCACUGAUAUGCUUAUUGAAGUGAAGCCUCAUAAUGAUCGUAUAGGACCACUAAUUUUCAUUGGUUGUCUGAAUGAUUCAAUGAAAUCCUCAAAAUUGCAAAUCUCUUCCACUUUGAGAUGUCAGGAGUAUCCUCCAGGUGUUAAACUUAUUCCCAUGGGAAGCAGAACAGCAAAGCCUUUCCACACUACAAACUUAGUUGUAUUUUUUCCUGGGACUAGUUAUGAUGGCUGCGAUGGUGAUAGUUUUGUUACUUGUGGAGAGGCAUUGAUUGUUGAUCCAGGAUGCAAGUCUAUUAUGCAUAAAGAGCUCGAACAAAUCAUUGCUGCACUUCCACGAAAGUUGAUCGUUUUUGUAACCCAUCAUCAUCAUGAUCAUGUUGACGGUCUCUCAAUAGUUCAGAAGUGCAAACCUGAUGCUGUUCUCUUGGCUCAUGAAAGUACCAUGCGCCGGAUUCAAAAAGAUGAUUGGUCUCUUGACUACGUUCCAGUUUUGGGAUCUGAAGAAAUUUGCAUCGGUGGUCAACGGUUGAGAAUCAUUUCAGCUCCUGGGCAUACGGAUGGUCACAUGUCAUUGCUUCACGUCAGUACUCACUCACUGAUAGUGGGUGAUCAUUGUGUGGGCCAAGGAAGUGCCCUCUUGGAUAUUACAUCUGGUGGAAAUAUGAGUGAUUAUUUCCGCACAACUUGCAAAUUUAUGGAUCUUUCCCCACAUGUGCUGAUUCCCAUGCAUGGUAGAGUCAACAUGUGGCCGAAACACAUGCUUUGUGGA